AUGGCGACUGCUAUCCGCAUCUAUUGUCUUCUCCUUCGAGUCGCCGAUUACAAGCUUGAAGCGCUAGUCAAGCAACACGUUGGUCUGGAAGAGGCUGUCAAGGGCAAUCUUGAUGGAAACCUGGUCGAUUUAGGAUUCUUGACGCUUCACGAACAUGCGCGAGUCGAGAGAACCCUCCAGCUGCGCGACGAAGUACGAUUACAGAAGGCGGAUGACAGGGAUGAACAAGUUCCCCAGACGUUGACGCCCUAUGUGGUUGCCUAUGGCAAGGCACUUUUGCCUAGACCUGGAGGCCCCACCAACGCCCCAUCCAGUACGGUACCGACGGCGACGACGAUAGGAAACCUCGAGCAGCUCGCUCGCCUGUUGCAGGCAGAGGAUCCCAUCCUGCUGCACGGACUACCUGGAUCAGGAAAGACCUCCCUGAUUCACGAGGUCGCAAAAGAGCUUGGAAUGUACUCUGGGGUGGUCACGUUGCAUCUGAACGAGCAGACAGAUGCCAAGAUGCUUGUUGGCCUCUACUCUACUGAUUCGAAACCGGGCAGUUUUUCAUGGCGACCUGGUGUACUGACCACGGCUGUGAAGGAGGGGAGAUGGGUAUUGGUGGAGGAUCUGGACCGGGCACCGACAGAAGUACUGAGUACCCUCUUACCCCUGAUUGAAAGACGGGAGUUGUUGAUUCCCAGUCGCGGCGAAAGAAUACGGGCUGCCAGUUCGUUCCGUCUGUUCGCGACUCUCAGGACGUCUCGUGGGAUGAAUGGCCGGGAGAACCUACCAACCAUCGUCGGCAUGCGCUUUUGGCAGGCGAUGCACACCUCGGCCCUGACGGAGCCUGAGAUGGAAGAGGUCGUGUUGAAAACCUACCCCGUGCUUCACAAGUUCGUUCCCGGAAUUCUGGCGGUCUACAGCCGACUUGGUCGGUUAAGUCGGUCCUCAGGCAGCGGCCGCGCGUUGACGGAUCGUCCCAUGAAUCUGCGAGACUUGCUCAAGUGGUGCCGACGAUUGCACGAAUGCCUCACGGGCGCCGGGACCAAAUCAGGCGAUGAGCCCAUUACAGAGACCACAAGAGACUGGAUGUUUAUGGAGGCUCUCGACUGUUUCGCCGGCAGCUGUGCGGAUCCAGCCAUGAACGCGAAAAUUUCGCGAGCCAUCGCCGAGGAGAUGCAUAUUGGGAAAGAGAGAGCAGAGCAUUACCUCACCGGGUACAUCCCCGCUCUUGAAGAGAACGAGUCCUCCUUCAACAUUGGGCGGACCCGACUGCGAAAGAAGAAGCUAGCCAGCCGUGUGCGGAAGCAAAAGAGGCCAUUUGCCAGCACGGCACAUGCCAAGAAGCUUCUCGAGCAGAUUGCAACAGCCGUGAAUCUUAGCGAGCCCGUUCUGCUUGUCGGCGAAACUGGCAUUGGUAAAACGACAGUAGUACAGCAGCUCGCAGAUUCUCUGGGCCACAAGCUCAACGCGGUCAACUUGUCGCAGCAGAGUGAAGUGGGAGAUUUGCUCGGUGGGUUCAAGCCGGUCAACGUCAGAACCCUGGCUGUGCCUCUCAAAGAGGACUUUGAAGAUCUCUUCGCGGCCACCGGCAUCUCUGCGUCGAAGAAUGAAAGAUAUCUCGACAGGAUAGGCAAAUAUUUUGCCAGGGGUGAAUGGGCAAAGGUCUCCAAACUCUGGAAAGAGGCUCCCGUCAUGUUUUCGCAGAUCUUGAAGCAGCUCGAGAAGUCACAAGCACAGCAAGACGAGACUCGAGACACCGACGAGCAGCAACCAGCCAAGCGACGGAAGACGCAGUCCAAACUUCAGAGCUUGCUGGACUUGCGACCGAGAUGGCAGUCGUUCUCCCAGAAGCUUGAGCAGUUUGAUGUCCAGAUCUCGGGCGGCGCCGACAGUUUUGCCUUUUCCUUCAUGGAGGGCAACCUAGUCAAAGCUGUGCGCAAUGGAGACUGGGUCCUGUUGGAUGAGAUCAAUCUGGCCUCUCCCGACACCUUGGAGAGUAUCGCCGAUCUCUUGACAGGCCCUGCGGAGCGUCCGACCCUCCUUCUUUCAGAAACCGGAGAGAUUGAUAAGAUUGUGGCACACCCCAACUUCCGCAUUUUUGGUGCCAUGAACCCUGCCACCGACAUUGGGAAGCGCGAUUUGCCGACUGGCAUCAGGUCGAGGUUCACUGAACUCUACGUUCGCAGCCCAGAUACGGAUCUGAAAGACCUCCUCACCAUCAUCAAAACGUACCUCGGCAGCAGUAGCUCCAAACAUGAUGAUGCGGCCGUCAGCAUUGCGAAUCUCUAUCUCGAUACCAAGAAGAUGGCCGAGGAUCGACGCUUGGUGGAUGGUGCGAAUGAGGUGCCACAUUUCAGUCUUCGAACAUUGACCCGAGUGUUAAGCUAUGUGAGCAACAUUGCCCCCUUGUACGGCCUGCGGAGGGCUCUGUAUGAGGGCUUCUCGAUGGGCUUCUUGACUCUGCUAGACCGCAAUUCGGAAGAUCUGCUACAGCCCCUGAUUCGUCGUCACCUCUUCAGCGAUCAUAACAACUUCCAGUCACUCCUGUCGCAGCCGCCCAAGCACCCAGAUGAUGGAAAGCAGUACGUCAAGUUCAAGAACAAGAAAGGCGACCGUCACUACUGGCUAUUUCAGGGUGCCGAGCCGGUGCACGAGAGGAGCGACUACAUCAUCACACCGUAUGUCGAGCGCAACUUGCUGAAUCUCGUGCGCGCAACAUCAACGCGUCGAUUCCCCAUUCUCAUUCAAGGCCCGACUUCGGCUGGUAAAACCAGUAUGAUUGAAUAUCUGGCCAACUACACCGGGAACAAGUUUGUGCGCAUCAACAAUCACGAGCACACGGACCUCCAAGAGUACUUGGGAACGUAUGUCUCGGCGGCGGAUGGCAAGCUACGGUUCCAGGAAGGUCUGCUUGUCCAAGCCAUGAGGCAGGGCCACUGGAUCGUACUCGAUGAGCUCAACUUGGCGCCUACCGAUGUUCUCGAGGCGUUGAACCGACUUCUUGACGACAAUCGAGAGCUCCUUAUCCCCGAAACCCAGGAAGUCGUAAGGCCGCACGAGAACUUUAUUCUCUUUGCUACCCAGAACCCCCCGGGCCUUUACGGUGGACGUAAAGUGCUCUCGCGGGCUUUCCGCAACCGUUUCUUGGAGCUUCAUUUUGACGAUAUUCCCGAGGACGAGUUGGAGACUAUUUUGAGAGAACGCAGCCGCAACACCUCGCCUCCCGACUGCAAGCGCAUCGUUGAAGUGUACCAGAGGCUUUCCAAGUUGCGCCAGACAAAUCGACUCUUCGAGCAAAAGGACAGCUUUGCAACUCUCCGUGACCUUUUCCGCUGGGCUCUUCGGGAAGGCGACAACCGACAACAAAUCGCAGAGCAUGGUUUCAUGCUGCUUGCUGAGAGAGUGCGCGACGAGGAAGAAAGACUUGCCGUCAAGAAAGUAAUCGAGGAGGUCUUCAAGGCCAAGAUUAACCUCGAGCAGAUUUACUCUGCCGAGUCAGCACCGGAGUUGAGAGGUCACUCGGGGAAAGACAAUAGCCAGGGGGUGGUCUGGACUCACGCUAUGCGUCGUUUGUACGUUCUCGUUGCGCGAGCACUCAAGAACACAGAGCCUGUCCUCCUGGUCGGCGAGACUGGCUGUGGAAAGACGACUGUCUGUCAACUUUUAGCCGAAGCCCUUCACAAGGAGCUGCACAUUGUCAACGCCCAUCAGAACACGGAGACUGGCGACCUGAUCGGCUCGCAACGCCCUAUUCGUAACCGAGCAUCUAUCGUGGAGGUAUUGGAUGCUGACGUCAAACGAGCGUUGCAGCUACUAGGCUGUGAAUUAGGCGACUCGCCAGAGGAUAGGCUGCAACAGUACAAAUCUUUCAGCGGCGAGACGCUUAGCUUCGUGCCUCAAGAUCUCCAGCAGCAGAUCACCAUCAACGAGACACGCAGCAAGGCCCUGUUUGAGUGGUCCGACGGAGCUCUCGUCGAGUCCAUGCGACAAGGACAGUUCUUCUUGCUUGAUGAGAUCUCCCUUGCGGACGACUCGGUACUGGAGCGUCUCAACUCCGUUCUGGAGCCUCAACGGACGUUGCUGCUAGCGGAGAAGGGAAUCGACAACUCCUUCGUCAAAGCCGCUGAAGGCUUCCAAAUGUUUGCCACAAUGAAUCCUGGAGGCGACUUUGGCAAGAAGGAGUUGUCUCCGGCGUUGCGCAAUCGUUUCACGGAGAUUUGGGUGCCACCUUUGUCCGACAACGGCGACAUUAAUGACAUUGUGAGUACGAAGCUGCAGGAUGGCAGCAAAGAUUUGGUCGAGGUUAUCGUUGCAUUCGCCACGUGGUUUGGCGAGAACUUCCGCUCAAUGUCUUCGACACGAUUCUCCAUCCGAGAGAUCUUGGUGUGGGUUCAAUUUGUCAACAACUUUGCAUCGAGGAACAAGCUUGCGGCCCUGGUACACGGUGCCGCUACCAUCUUUGUUGAUAGCAUCGGCGCCAAUCCGUCUGCAAUCUUGACCGGAGACGGCGAAACCGUGCCUCAACAAAGGGCCAGGUGUUUACGGAAGCUCAGCGAGCUCACUGGCCAAGAUGUCUCUGCAAUCUACCAGCUCGAGCCCACGUUGAUCAUGGACGAUCGAUCACUGACGAUCGGUGACUUUGCCGUUUCCAGAACAUCGACUGCAUCUGCGGAUCCUGGAUUUGCAUUCCACGCACCCACAACAAGACUCAACGGCAUGCGUGUCCUGCGCGCGAUGCAAAUGCAGAAGCCCAUCCUUCUUGAGGGUAGUCCAGGUGUUGGCAAGACCACGCUUGUUGCUGCACUGGCGCGCGCUUGUGGGGAGCCUUUGACGAGGAUCAACCUUUCGGAUCAGACAGACCUGAUGGACCUUUUCGGUACGGAUGUGCCGGUCGAGGGUGCUGAAGCAGGCAAUUUUGCGUGGCGAGAUGCUCCAUUCCUGCAAGCUAUGCAGAAAGGAGAAUGGGUUCUUCUUGAUGAGAUGAACCUGGCAUCGCAAUCAGUUCUCGAGGGGUUGAAUGCGUGCUUGGAUCACCGUGGAGAGGUCUACAUCUCCGAACUGGAUCAAGUGUUCAAGAGACACCCCAACUUCCGCCUGUUCGCUGCUCAGAACCCUCACAAUCAAGGCGGUGGUCGCAAGGGUCUCCCAAGCUCCUUUGUCAACCGAUUUGUGGUUGUCUAUGCAGACGUGUUCUCUGACGAGGAUCUUCUCCUGAUCGCGUCUCACAAUUUCCCCAAUGUGGCCCCUGAGGUGAUCACACAUCUGAUUCGGUUCAUCUCCAGAAUGGAACACGCGACAACAAUCGACAAAUCCUUCGGUGCUCAGGGCGGGCCUUGGGAAUUCAACUUGCGAGAUGUACUCAGGUGGCUGCAUCUGCUUAAUUCAUCGGACGACAUCCUGCAAGGUGCUCGCAUUGACGAUUUCCUAAAUCUCAUUGUGCGGCAGCGCUUUCGGUCCGAGCGAGAUCGGGACGAGGUCAACAAGCUGUUCUCUCAGGUCACUGGAGUCAAGCCUCGUGGACACAGCCUUUACCACGAUGUCAGCUCGUUGCACGGCCAGGUCGGCAUGGCCCUUUUACAGAGGAACCUCCAUCGCCAGCCUGAACGCCUUCCUGGCAUUGAUACCAGACCACGCCUGCCGGAGCUCGAGACGCUCAUGAUCUGUGUCAAGAAGAACAUUCCAUGCAUCCUGAGCAGUCCUUCGGGCUAUGGCAAAACAGUCCUUCUAGAGCACGUCGCCGCCCUGGCGGGCAGGUCAUUAGUCGUGUUCCCAAUGAACGCUGACAUCGACACCAUGGACCUGGUCGGCGGUUUUGAACAAGCCGACCCCUUCCGCGAGGUUAACGCCAUGUUUGUGACCCUGAAGGAAAUGCUGCAAGAGGCUGCUGCGUCGUGCAUCCCAGACGCAUUCCCUGAUGCUGCCCUUGAUUUGCUGCACCAGUUGGACAACUACGAUGGGGACGUGAACAAGGUGCAUUCAAUCCAAUCAGCAAUCGAGCAUCUGGCGGCUACGACGCCUGCGAAAUCCCAAAUCAACCAUGUCUUGGGCGUAGCUAUCGAGCUACUGAAAGGACCGCUCAAGCUAGCCAACCCGCGGUUCGAAUGGCUCGAUGGUGUCAUUGUCAAGGCACUGCAGCAGGGACAGUGGCUGGUCCUUGAUAAUGCCAACAUGUGCAACGCCUCCGUCCUCGACAGGCUCAACUCACUGCUGGAACCUAAUGGUUUUCUCAGCAUCAAUGAACAUUGUGAGCCUGGCGGUGAGCCCCGCGUGGUCAAGCCGCAUCCUGAUUUCAGGAUCUUCCUGACUGUGGAUCCUCGAUACGGCGAGCUUUCAAGAGCGAUGAGGAAUCGUGCCGUUGAGAUCUAUAUCCAUACCCCACCGCCAGCCGUGGACUCAUGCUUUGACAGGGUGGCGCAAGUCGAGGGUGGAUUGCACAGACUACACCAAGUGGAGAAGACAACGGCAGUGAUUAAACCAGUGGCCAGGGAUCUCUUGUCGAUUGGCGAUCUGGCUAUGCUCCAGAGGUUCGCCGACGACCAGAACGCUGAAAAGAACGGUAUCGACCAUCCCGAGAAAGACGCGCGCGGGAGUGGGACAUCGACCCAGGAGAACGUCGCCGAGAUCCUGGAGUAUUUGGCUACCGAGACUGGCAACCAUGACCUUCAGGCAGUCUCUCGGCUGUACGAGGGUCUGUCCCCAGAGACAGUGUCUGUGCUCCGGUUCCACCAACCGAUUCAUCCACAGUUGAACAUGCCUGUCACUCAACGCGUGCCUGACGUACAGGUGGCAGCUUGGUUAGGUGUGCGCUACGAGUUCAACCAGUGGGUGCACCGCAUGUUCAAGGCCCUAGACAAUUACAAGCGGUCAGUGCAAGGCGCUAAAGUGGCUUCCUUAAACCGCCUCGAAAGGUCUCUUCUCAAGGACCGGGUAGCCAUUGUUUCCAAGGACUCGACUGCCAAUCUUGCCGAGUUUCUGCGCUCUCUUCUCAGCGUUCUCGUUACACACCUUGGUAAAGCCACUACUGUCAGCUCAUGGAAGGAAGUUGCCGCACUACUGCACCUCUUUGAGCGCUAUAUCCAUCGCACGAUGGCCUUGGCGACUGCUACCUUCUUUGACGAAGCGAAAUUCCAGGCACACUUGGCGCAUGGUGCCGAUUUGUUUCAGAGCAGACUCAAUCAAGAUCGAGAUGGUGUCGUCUUAGCGUCCUCGGAGGAUAUCCAACGGAGGCUCCUGGAGGAUGUCUCGGAGAAGCUGAACCGUGCAUUCACCACUGGUUUCAAGCUGUCAACUGGACUAAGUAUGGAAGUUCUGUGGCAGUGGCUCCGUCCCACGCCGUUUAGAAAUGACGACUCGUUGCGCAAUGCGGUCGAGCUCUUCAAGCUGGCUGCGAGAUUCGACGAUAUCCGAUGGAAGACGAGUGCUUCGGUCGCUGACCUUGCCAACGCCUCGGCCGAUCUUGCCAGAGCCUAUACCGUCGUGAAGAACUCUGGGGCAUCUACCGACGAGCUCGUCAAAGCCCUCACUGACGUCGUCGAGAAGGAGGAAACCCGUAUUGGUGUUGAUGCGCUUGAGCUCCAGCCUUACUUCAUGAACGAAUUCGAGGCCAUCCGACAAAUUCUUCUCCUUGAGACUAUCAAAGAGAAUCGUCCGGGAGCGACACAGGACCGCGAGCUGUUGAUCCUCUCCAAUGCUUCUUCGCAGUCAAGCAUGGCGUUGGCUGAUGCUGGUCCUACAAGCUCCCUGUUGCAGACACUUGACUCCUUGGCUACCCAGCAGAAGCAUGUCUGGGAUGGCAAGUUCACCACUUCGCUCUGGGCGCGCCUCAAGGACCUUGACAAUGUUAAUCUCCGCUCUUUGGCGAUGCUUGAGGUGGAGAUGCCGGUUCUCGGACACCAUCUGACAACUGCUGACAUUGUAUCCGACCCCGUCGCCACCCUGAACGAUACCCUUGUAGGGCUUUUGCUCCAAGUUUUUGAGGCCCACGCAUCAAACCUCAAAGUUGCUACCCAACAGAUCCAUGAUCAUCUUACGACGGCACUUGCACCAGGAAGGGCAUCGCCAUCUGAGUUACUUUCAGACCCUGUCUUGGGCGAAUUCCUUGGUUCUGUGGAGCCGCCGCACCUGAGAACUAUCUCAGCAACAUACCUUGUACCUGCUAUGGUAGCGACUGUCGUAAGCAACGAAUCAGAAACUCGCCGGGCGUACUUCUCAGCCUUGGCUUGGGUAUACUUCAGUGUGGGACUGAUUAGCCUCUACGUACCUGAUCGUGCCUUUGAUCCUCAAAUUCGCCCGCAAAUGGAGAGAGAGUUCUAUGAGGAUAUGCAGGAAAGCUUGCAACUGAACAUCGAAAUGCUGAGGUCCUUCGAACUGGAAUUCACAGGCCAAGACAGCAGUGUGCGCAUUGAGAGACUGCACGAGGAGCUUGAGCAGAUGGGUCCCCUUCCGCCCGCCGUGCAACCUGUCUACAGACCGGCCAAUCCAUCCGAGCUCAGCAGAAUGCAUGCGGAGUUCUCCAACAUUCUGAAGGCUGCCACCAGCCUCGACCUUCCGACUGGCACAGACUCACUGUCUCUGCCUGAGGACUACUCGCUUGCCCCUGAUCGUUUGCACCUUGUUCGGGAGAAUGUGCAACGGCUUGGCAUCGACAGUCUUGAGUCUGACCAGCGCCAAACAAUUUUCGAAUGCUUCCAUUCGUUCUACGACGAAUGGAGCACGAAGCUGGAAGCCGACAAGAAAGCCGAGGCCGCCAACACCAGUCUGUAUCGCUUCCAGGGUGGUCUCGAGGAUGAGGAAGAAGUCAACGAGGCUGAAUUCCACGACCUUUUCCCUGGAUAUGAGGAGGAAGGCGCUCAAGCCACCAUCACCAAGAACAGCGACCAGGUGCGUGAUACCUCGAUCAAGGUGGCCAAAGCCCACAGCAAGAUCUUUACUGCACCAGCUCAGCCGCAGGAAGCAAUGUCAACUUUGACGGAGUCUGUGGCGCAACGCGUAUCGGACGAGAUGACAGAACAUGCCUACGUUGAUCGCACCAUUAACAGUAAGAUGCUUGCCGCCAAUCUAUUGCUGCUCGACGAGAAGAAGACCAGGGUUGCUGCUCCUCACGCCGACUCAUCCUACAAUUUCUACACGAGCGAGAACUUGGGCGAGGCGCGACGUUUGGUAUCUCUCGCGCACAAGAUCAAGGCGCGCUUCCGCGAUUUGCAGUUUGUCGAUGAGAUUGGACACAUGCAGCCGCUGGCCGAUGUCACCAUGGCCUGUGACAAGUUGUUAGAUGUCACACACACAGAGGCUCUCGCCGCCAUCUUGCCAAAGGUUGAGUACCUCCACGCGUUUGUGUACGAGUGGCAAUUUGGUGGCUGGGCCAGCAGAACGCACGCCGUCCCUGAGCUACAUGACGCGCUGACAAAGGUCAUCAUCGACUGGCGCAAGCUCGAAUUGUCGACCUGGGCCAAGUUGUUUGACACGGAACAGCAGAAAUGCCAAGAUGAUGCAUACGCCUGGUGGUUCGUUGCCUACCAGGUGGUCAUCGCUGUGCCUUUGUCGCUCGUCGAAUCCCCAACUGAGCUCCGCGAGUAUGCCAUGGAAUUGGUCAAGAAUCUUGAGCUGUACUUCUCGACUUCUAUCGUCGGCCAAUUUGGCGCUCGUCUUGCCUUGUUGCGUCAGUUGUGCAGCCAUCUCUGCCAGUUGGUCAAGGACUACCCGUCCUUGGACGUUAUUCACACCUCUGUGACUAACUUCAUCGACUUCUUUGCUCGCUACGAGACCACUGCUAUCGAGGCCAUCAAGCAAGGUCGGGCCCCUAUUGAGAAGAAGAUGAAGGAUGUCGUACUGCUGGCGAGUUGGAAAGACACCAAUAUCAACGCACUUCGGGAGAGUGCUCGCAAGUCUCACCAGAAGCUUUUCCGCCUGGUCAGAAAAUUCCGCGGUGUUCUUGGCCAGGAGAUGCGCGCCAUCACCACACGAGGUUUGCCUGAGCAAGACGUGUCAAAUGCUCAAGUCCCGACGCCUACGCCAAGUGCUGGACUGCCUCAUGACUCCGUUACUGCGCAACUAUCCAAGAUCUGCGCGGACUGGAUGAGCCAGAACAGACGCGUAGCAAAUGCAGCAAAGACAGUAUCCAUCAUGUCGCGGCUGACUUCCAUGGCUGAGAUGAGCACAAGCAUGCCGUCAAUUUUGGACAGCUUCGUGUCCAGCUUGAACGACUCCAUGGCGGAACUUCGCAAGGAAACGCCCCAGAACCUGAACGAUGAGAACAAGAACCAGGUCAAGUACCUCAAGACCCGCAAGAGGAAGCUGUUUGCAGACACUCUAAAGGAGCUGAGGCAGAUGGGCAUCCGACACAAUCUGCCCCAAGAUCGCCUCGCAGAACAAGACUCCCUCGCCGUGGCCCUCGCCGGCACCGCACCAAUCUCACAACACCACGCGGGUGUCGCGGAUGCCGCGCAAUACUACUUCCACAAAGUGCUCGACCAGGCGCCAACGGUGCGAAGUAUGCUCCAGACGCAUUCCGAGGAACUAACGCCUGCCGAGAUCGCCAGGGGCGUUGGUUUUGUUGAAGGCUUCAUUCAUUUGCUCCUCAACCAACGUCGCAACCUGACCAAUUCGGUGGCUGCAUUGUGCGAACUUCAGGCUGCAUCAAGACAGCUCAAGGCUCUGGGCGACGUCAAGGCCCACCAAAGCUUGAACCGUGUCGGAGCCGGCAGUAACUGGGUUCAGCUGCUAUCAUGGCUGGUUCAGAUCAUUGACUUUGCCGCGCGCUUGAUUCAGACGCACGCGAAGCUAAGCGAGACUGAAUACGCGGACAUUAUCGCCCAGUUCCAGCUGUGGUCGAACAAGUUCGGCGAGCGGCUGCGAACGUACGAAUCACUGGGCCCGCUUCCCAAGCUCGUCACUUCCACUGCGUUAGCUGAUCUCGAGACGGGCGUCGAGGCUGACUUGCAGCUGCUGGGCGAUUUCCUCAAGCAGGUCACCGACAAACAUCCAAGGCUAAGCUCAAUUGUAGACCAGGUUCGACAGUGGGCUCAACUCGAGACAUCGCCGUCCACCUCAUCUGGUGCAUCGCUUCGCUAUGUCGACUUUGCUAAUGGUGCUUCACAAUUAUGCGACAAGGUACUCGUGGCCGUGGAGGCUGGUGUCAAGGCUAGUAAGGAUACUGUUCAGGAGGAAGACAGUGCUGGCUGGCUGGUCAACCACGACAAGGCAUUCGCCCUCAUGAUCAAGCAGCUGCGCAUGAAGCAGGUCACAACCAACAUCCUCGAAUGCGUCCGCUCCGUACAAGACGUGGAUCUCGAAGCGCCCGAAGCCAGCACGGUGGUCAUGGGCGUGGCGAGUCUCGCCGCACCGAUUGUUGAUCAAUUCACUCUUGCGUGCGAACAGUCCGUGGGCAGGCUUCUCGAUAUUCACCGAGCCACAGCCCACAUGGCCUACAAUCUGACCAAGACAUUCUCGCAGAUUGCGGCCCAGGGCUUCUGCACACCCCGAGAAAAGUCGGAAGAGACGUCUGAACAAAGCGGCAAGCUCGAGUCGGGCACUGGUCUUGGAGAAGGCCAGGGCGCGGAAGAUAUCAGCAAGGACAUUCAAGACGAUGAAGACCUCACUGAGCUCGCGCAAGAGCCAAACAAGGAAGACAACGGAGAUAUCGAGGACGAGAAGGAUGCUGUUGACAUGGCUGAUGAAGAAUUGGAGGGCCAAAUGAAUGAUGCCGAGACGAAAGAUGACGAGGAAGGUUCCAACAAGGGCGAUGAAGAAGAGGAGGAGAAUGACAUGGAUGAGGAGGCUGGCGAGGUGGACGACCUUGAUCAGAAUGCAGUGGACGAGAAGACUUGGGACGGUGAUGAUGAGGACAAGGCCGACAAGGACCAGCAGGGCGAGAAGGCCAAGGGGCAAAAGCAGCAGGAUGACCAGCAAUUGGCGAACGAGGACCAAGCGAAGAAAAAGGAGGAAGACCAACAGGAAGCAGAGCAAGACGAGCCUGCAGAUGAGCCAAAUGCCGAGGAUGCAGAGGCCGAGCAGGAAGAUGUCAAGGCGCAGGACGAUCUCAAUAAGCAGGAUCAGACUGCAGAAGAUGCGGAUGCACUCAACAUGCCGGACGACAUGGAUCUCGACUUUGACGACAAGGAGGAGCUCUCAUCCGACAGCGAUGAUCUGGAUAACCUGCCUGAUGCUGAGGAGGAGGUAGAUAAACCUGAGGAAGAGGGGAAAAUGGAGGAGGACGAGGGCGAGGAGGUCGGCGACAACACUGCGGCGCCACAAGAUGCAGCCGAAGACCAGGAUGGGGCGGAGAAUGAAGAACCGGAAGAGGAAGAAGAAGCGCCUAUGGGUGAGGAUGAGGUUGAUGAAGACAUGAAGCCAGAAGAGCAAGAGAACGAACCAGAGGAGGCUUCCAAAGACGACGCCCCUCCACCUCAAGACACAGCCAUGGCUGACAAGGACAACGUCGCACCCAGCGAAGUCAAGAGUUCCGGACAAGACCAGUCUGGCGACGCGAUGGACAUGGACGAUGAGUUCCAAGACAAUGCGGCCAAGCAGGACGAUGGCGAGCUUGGACAAGGCGCCGCGGAUCAGGAGGCUACAGCUGGCGAAAAGGGCGAGAUGUCACGCGCGAACGAUCCCAAAGAGAACGAGCGACAGGAUCAGAAGGACUCGGACAAGGACGACGCCGCGCCUAGCAAUCCGUUCAAGAAGAUGGGCGACGAUCUCGAGGAGUUCCACCGCCAGCAGGACGACAUCAAAGCCGCCAAGAGCGAGGAGGAGGCCGAGGCGAAGCAGCAGCCCGAUGCCGAUCAGAGCCGCCGCGAGUUCCAGCACCUCCAGCAUGACGACGCAGGUGCCGAUGCGCAAGCCAUGGGCGCAGCCAACGAGGACGAGGUGCAGCCCAUUGAUGAGUCUAUGGCCAUUGACGAGGAAAAGCGAGACCCCGAGAGCCGGGUGAUGGAAGAAGACAAGGACGAGGCUGCCCCCGAGGUGGCCGAUGAACCUCAGCAGCAGGAGUCUAUGCAAGCCCAGGACAAGGAGAAGGACGUCAAGGACCAGGACGAUGGUCGCUCCGGCGUCAAGACACACCAGGGCAAUUACGACCGGGAGCAUACCCCCGACUCGGACGACGAGGAAGACGUGCGCAUGGGCGAGGGCGCCAAGGACGAGGAGGUGGAGGAAACGUCGACGCAGCUGUCGGCGACGCACAUUAGCAGCGACCGAGAGCUGCGCGACUUUGGCGAGUGCAUGCAGCAGUGGGUCGAGUUCCAGUCGAGGACGCACGCCAUGUCACUGUCCCUGACGUCGCAGCUGCGGCUGAUCCUGACGCCGUCGCAGUCGACCAAGCUGUCGGGCUCGUUCCGCACGGGCAAGCGGCUCAACAUCAAGCGCAUCAUCCCGUACAUUGCCUCGAGCUACAAGCGCGACAAGAUUUGGAUGCGACGCAGCGUGCCGACGAAGCGCACGUACCAGAUCAUGCUCUGCGUCGACGACAGCAAGAGCAUGGGCGAGGCCGGGUCGGGCACGCUGGCGAUGGAGUCUCUCGUCAUGGUGUCGCGGUCGCUGACGAUGCUCGAGGUCGGGCAGGUGGGCGUCAUGGGCUUUGGCGCCGACGUCUUCACGGCGCACGAGCUGACGGAACCGUUCGCGGCGGACGCCGGGGCCCGUGUCCUCCAGAACUUUAGCUUUUCGCAGAACAGGACCGACAUUGUGCUGCUGAUCCGCCAGACGAUUGACAAGUUCCGCAUCGCGCGGCAACAGCAGUCCAACGGCGACUUGUGGCAGCUGGCCCUCAUCAUCUCGGACGGCCUGGUCGAGUCGUCGACGCACGACGUAAUCCGUCGUCUGCUCCGCGAGGCCAUGGAGGAGCGCAUCAUGAUGGUGUUUAUUGUCAUGGAUGACCAGGUGCAAAAGGGGUCGAGCGUACUGGAUCUCGGGUCGGCCAAGUUCAAGGAUGGCGAGGUGGUGGUGACCAAGUACCUCGACACGUUCCCGUUCCCGUACUUUUUGAUUGUGCACAACCUGGAGGAGCUGCCGAGUGCUCUGGCGGGUCUCUUGAGGAUGUGGUUUGCCGAGGUGGCUUCGUGA